AUGCAUCAACAACAAGUUUAUCACAGAGACUUGGCAUCAAGCAACAUUUUUCUGUCUGAAUCAUCCAAAAUUAAAAUUGGGGAUUUUGGCAUAGCCAAAAUUGGGGAUGUUGACUUGCACUCAACCAGGCUAGGACAAGGCUUGUAUACUGCUGCCAAAGUAGAUAUAUACAGCCUGGGCAUUCUACUGUUGGAGUUGUUAUCUGAGUGUACGUUUACUUGGGAUAGGUUUGAUAAGAUCAAGGAAUUUGUUGACCACGGUAUCAUCCCCGAAGUAGUUGAUCAACGUUACAGAGAGCUUAUUGUUCUUCUCACAUCUACUGAUCCUACAAAACGACCUUGGGCGGCAGAGAUCCAAGAGAUAUUCAACAAGAUGGAGGGAGGCGCAUGCUGUGCACCACAGGAACAAUGGGCUUCAGAUGUCCUCUACAUUGCUGCAAAAGUCAGGGUUAGAGAAUCUGCAACCCAAAUGGCUGCCAUAUUUCCAGCUGGUUUUGAAGUAGAUGCACCUGGAGUAUCAUAUGAUUUCCUCUUCUUAGAUCUUGAAGAGGUUGCUGCAGGUUUAUCAAAGCUUGUGAGAGUUGCACCAUCAACUUGA